AUGUUAUCUCGUGUCUGGUUUUGGCUUUUAGGCGAAUCUGAAAUUCUAAAGGGUCCAGAUAGGUUAAGUGAAUUGCCUGAUGCGUUGCUUUUAGAGAUAUUGUCGUUACUACCAAUGGAAUAUGUUGUGGCCACAAUGUUUCUGUCCAAACGUUGGAGGUUUCUUUGGAUGAUGGUUCCAAGACUUGUAUAUGAUGAUAGGUAUAAGAAUAUCGAAAAAUUCUCGAUGUUUCUAGAUAGGUCUUUGGUAUUGCACAAGGCUCCAAUUAUCGAAAAAUUGCACUUCAAACUUGGUCAAACAUGUCGUAAUGAAGAUCUUCCAGUUUGGAUUAGAGCUGCAAAUAAAAGCUCGGUGCGCGAGAUGGUUAUGGAGUUGGAUGCUUAUUCUAGACCAUCACCAAUCAUAAUUCCAAGGAGUUUGUACACUGAGUGUAGAAUGCUAGUGACAUUGAGUCUUAUUAAUGUGAUUCUUGUGGACUCUUCUUCACAUGUUUCUUUCCCUUGCCUCAAAUCAUUGAAACUUGUAUACGUCAAGUACCCUAACCCCGGUGACGAAUUUGUGAAGAAGCUUUUAUCCAACUGUCAUGUUCUUGAAGACUUGGAAAUAGUACUAAAAGGUCCAAAUGAUAAUGUGACUACCUUCACCAUCAGAGUACCUUCUCUAAAGAGUAUACUAGUCAUCUAUACACUAAAAUAUAUUAUUGAUGAUCAUAGCUUUGUGAUAGACGCUCCUUCUCUAGAGCACUUGAAGAUUCUUGAUCAUAAUGGUAGAUUAUGUGUCAUUGAGAAUAAUAUGCCUAAGUUAGAAAAUGCUGCUAUCGAAAUCUCUUGCUUUCUUCCUGGAAAGAUUCUAGCAUCUAUUACUUCAGUCAAGCUUCUCAAAUUAUGUUUAUCUAGUUCCCAGGAUGUAUAUCCUACAAGUUGUGUCUUCCCCUCUCUCGUACGUUUAACAAUAUGCACAUGUGACCAACCGUGGGUGGAUCUACUAAUGUGUAUGCUGAGAGUUUCCCCUAAUUUACGAGAUCUCGAAUUGGACAUGGUACAUAGAUCUAAACAUGAAUUCUGGAAUGAAGCAAGCUUAGUUCCUGAAUGUCUAUUAUCGAGUCUUGAAAAUCUCGUAUGGAAAGGCUUUGAAGGAACUAAAGCUGGGAAAGAAGUGGCAGCAUUCAUCUUAAGAAGCGGAAACUGCUUAAAAAAGGCAACAAUCUACUCUAAGACCACUGACCUUAACAAGAAACUUGAGAUGAUCAAGGAGUUGUCAUUGUCGCCAAGGGGUUCACGUACUUGUCAGCUUCUAUUUGAUUGA